CAGCGCCCUUCAAAUGUGUGUUGAAGCUCCGGUCAAGUUCAGCAACGAAGCCGUGAGCGUUGAGGGCUUGCUUGUUUACUUCUGCUGCGUUGCGUUGAGUUUAUGUCGUCAUUUUUGACCACGAACAGGGCUACGCGAUGAGCGGGCGCCUUGUAAUGUUAUGCCAGGGACUCGGGCGUUUCUCGCCGAACUUUCUGCGCGUGCGGGCAGCAGCACGAGUACCUUCGCCUGCCGGCAACAGCUCGUUACGGGCGACCCGUGCUAACAGCUCGUCUGGGCAGGGCGUACCGCAACCGUCAGCGAAGCUGCCUUUCGAAGUGGACACGAACGUUGCCAAACCAACGGAGAUCUAUCGCUUCGACAAGUUCAAUGUGUUUGCGGCUCUCCGGUUGUUCACUGUGACGCAGGUUUUUCUCUGGUCCUACAUGGCUCAGGUCUGUUACACAAUCACCGAUCCAAAGCAUGGUCCACCACCGAACGCGGACACUAGUGGUAGGUUCGGCGGACUGCUGCAGUUUCUCCGCGAGCGCUUGACCACUGACCCUUAUCGCUACGGCCUGACGGCCUUCUGCGCAACAAUCGGCGCUUUGGUGGUUACGGGCAGCAGCAUGUUCAUCCUGCGUAGCGUGCGUUCCAUCGUGCUGCUGAAGGGCGGCCAGCGAGUCUUGGUGCAGACGUACGCGCCCUUCACGGAGCUGCGUGCCUUCGAGGCUCCGCUGGAGCACAUCAGCUGCCGCCAGUCGCGACUCCAGCAGUCCAGCUACAUCUCGCUCAAGAUAAAGGGCCACAGGAUGUACUUCAUGCUCGACCAACGUGGUGUCUUCCCGCAUCCCAAGCUGUUCGACUACACCGUGGGUGUCGCGCGGAAGCUGAAGUAAAAAAAAAGCAGCCAGACAGCUUUUAGCACUGUGGAGGCAAGAGAUGCCCGAAGUUAGCCUACCUGUUUGCGGAAUACCAGAAAUGUGAAAAACGUGAGUGCGAGAUGAGUAGCAGCGCUCGUGGCGCCAUCUUAAUGUGACGCUGAUUUUAACUGGAGUAUAUAUACAUACACACACAUUGCAGUGGCAGGCUGUGUGUACUUAGCUGAUGAUGAAAAAGGCAUCCUCAGCAACAUAAUGAAUGUAUAGUGUCCCUGUCCCUCCAAGGAGAAUAGCACGCAACACAGGAAAGUUCCAGACACUUUGUGGUUGAAGAAACUGCCACAAGCUGUCGCUAGCAGCAUUACUGCUGCAGUCUACGUCUCUAGUGUUUUGGUACAAUGCAUCAUCCUCGUCUGCUCUAUUUGGUACUAUACCUACUGUGUUAGUUUACGAAAUGCUGGAGAUGUUGAACGGGGGCAGUAUGCGUUCACCGCGACAUCUUGUGCAGUUGUGUUAAAAAACAUACAUUUGUGCUGCAAUGACCUAGUAAGUUCAUGGUUUUAAAUGUGCCAUGGCAAACAAACAAAUACAUGCAGAUUAUAAGCUCAAGGGCAUUUAGCAAGACAAUUUUGCAUUAGCACGCACAGCAGCUCUUUUUGGUUGGAAGCCAUAACCAAGGUGACCCAUUUGCUGCAAUGAGGGACUGUAUUUUGCAUAUUUCAUGUGUGGAGAGCGAGAGUUGUAGCAAAGGUAUUGUUUUUUUAUUCGCAUUCAACGAGACGAGAGCCACGAAAUGCAAACAUUUCCAACUCUUCCAUCAUGCUGGAUCAAAGCGCCACAGAAAUGUUGCCGGCGGCACUGCCACUCGCUCUUCGACGUUACGGUGGUCGGUGUCAGUGGCAUAGCUAGAGGGUGGCGCAGUGAGCACGUGUGCCCCCCCCCUCUCCCAGCAAUUUGUUAUGCAGCCUUCCCAGCCCUCCUCUCCCACCCUUCCCUCCCCAAAACGAAAAUUCUGGCUAUGCCACUGCUUGGUGUCCACCUGGGGUGCUAUUCUGGAUAGUGCCAAAUUGUGCCGUAUUGCCGAAUCCGCAAUCUUCUCAACUCCUAUGGCCGAGAAGGCUGCUAUGGCCUCUCCGAUCGGCUCAAAACGAUGUCAUUACAGAAUUUGACCAUAUGGCAGAAUUUGACGAUGUCCAGGAUAGGACCCCUGUCCACCGUCAUCAAUGUCGUACACUUCCACUGCGCAGGAAUUUCUCUUCUGGUCAGCCUAAGCCUUAUUCAGGCAAAGUAUUGUGCAGAUAUGGCAUUGUGCAGUGGCUUUUGCUUACUAUACCAAGUUUGAAUGGAUGGCCUUGCCCCCCUCCCCCCGUUAUGUCCAGAAUAAAUCUGUUUUACGUGUCA